GUAGCUCUGGUUUGCUUUCGGAUUGUCAUUUGCAUAUGUGUGCGAGGUGUGUGUGAUUGUGUGUGAGGAGCGUGUGAAGUGUGUGAGAGGCGUGGGAUCACUGUGGACAGCCCUAUUGGACAAGUGAAGACUGUCAGACUGUGGACUCAAAGUAAACAGGACAGUUAGUCAUUAACUCAGGUUAAAUAGACCAACUGCCAUUAACAGCCCACCUCAUCUCUCAGGAUUCACACUGAGAGACAUGGAGCGUGUCCCCCUGAGUGUCUUGCUGCUUCUUGUCCUGUGGUUGUCCGGUGCCGCGGCCCAGUCAGUGUUCCAGAGCAAAUCCAAGGCCCACAUGGUCCUGCGAGCCAAACGAGCCAACAGCUUCCUGGAGGAGAUCAAGCCCCCAUCGAAGGAGCGUGAGUGCGUGGAGGAGGUGUGCAACUUUGAGGAGGCCCGCGAGAUCUUCCAGACACAGGAGGCCACGCUGGAGUUCUGGAUCGUGUACACAGAUGGGAACCAGUGUGAACCUGACUUCUGCGUCAAUGGAACCUGUGUGGACCAGUUCCAGUCCUUCGUCUGCAAGUGCAGACCAGGAUUUGAUGGGAAGUUCUGCGACCAACGGAGCACAGCCAGAAACUGCUCGAAGGACAACGGCGACUGCGACCAUGUCUGCAUGGACAGUGUGGAUGAACUCAGCCGCACCUGCGCCUGUCUGCCUGGCUACAGCCUCCAAGACAACUCUAGAACCUGCAGCCCCUCAGCGACAUACGCAUGUGGACAGCUGCCUGUGACCAAGUCCUCGGACAACAAGGCCUUCAAGACCCUGCAGCCAUGGUUGGUGGGUGGCGAGGUGGGCAAGAAGGGCGAGAGUCCCUGGCAGGUGCUCAUUCUCAACGAGAGAGGGAAUCUUCACUGCGGCGGCGCUCUCAUUGCCGAGUCCUGGGUCCUCACUGCAGCCCACUGCUUGGAGAGGAGCACUAAAGUCAGCGUGAGGCUGGGCGACUACGAACGCUUUAAGGCUGAGUGCACCGAAGUGACCGUUUCAGUAUCGGAGGCUGUCAUCCACCCGGACUAUGACACAGUGACCGUGGACAACGACAUAGCCCUGCUGCACCUGGCCUCACCGGUCCAGUUCUCCACCUUCAUCGUACCCGUGUGCCUCCCCAGCCGCCGGCUGGCCGAGCAGGUGCUGCACCGCAAUGGGACCAUGACCGUUGUCACUGGCUGGGGCAAGGAGGAUGAGAACAAGAAGUAUUUCAGUUCCGCCCUGAACUUCAUAAAGGUGCCGCUGGUGGAACGUGGACUCUGCUCGCAGGUUAUGCUCAACAACAUCAGCGAGAACGUGCUGUGCGCAGGGUGGCUGGGCACGCGUCACGAUGCCUGCGAGGGAGACAGUGGGGGGCCCAUGGUCACACGCUACCGUGGCACCUGGUUCCUCAUCGGCCUGGUGUCCUGGGGCGAAGGCUGCGGUCACCCUGAAAAACUGGGCAUCUACACCAAGGUGUCCAACUACCUGGAAUGGAUCAGGAGUGUCCAGAAAGGCAGCGAGAGACCAUAGUCCCGUAGACGAGGGACCGUCCGUGUCCCAUGUGGUCCACAUGCUGCUCACUCUGUGCAAUAAAGUGAUGCCAAAGAAGA